AUGGCAACGCGCGUGGCGCGGGUGCCUUUACGGUGGGUUGGAAGCGCCGGAGCUGCUGCGCUGGCUGCUAGCGGGGCUGAGGGGUCCGGGCCCGGGCGGCCGGCACCGCUGCAGGACGAGACCCUGGGCGUGGCGUCCGUGCCCUCGCACUGGAGGGGCGUCCAGGGCAUCCGCGGGGAGACGAAAAGUUGCCAGACAGCUGGCAUUGCCACAGGAGAGGCAUCUGCCCAGGCCCGGACACAUGCAGAUGCGCAGGUGCAGACGGAGGCUCCUGAGGAGCCAGCAGCUGUGGCACCUGUUUCCCAGCAUGACACCCCCAGGCUUGCAGCCUUUCUUCGGAGGGUGGAGGCCACUAUGAUCCGGGAGCUGAACAACAACUGGCAGAGCCAUGCCUUUGAUGGCUAUGAGGUGAACUGGACUGAGCCGCAGCAGACGGUGUCCUGUCUGCAUACCCUGGUCUACCCCCUGGCCCAAGGGCAGGGUCUGCAUGUGACUGGCAUCUCCUGGAACGCCACAGGCUCUGUGCUGGCCUGUGCCUAUGGUCGUCUAGACGAUGGGGACUGGAGUACACUCAAAUCCUAUGUGUGCACCUGGAACCUGGACCGCCAAGGCCUGAACCCCCAGCAGCCGUCAGUAGUGGUGGAGGUGCCCAGUGCUGUCAUGUGCCUGGCCUUUCAUCCCACACAGCCCUCACACAUUGCAGGGGGGCUGUACAGCGGUGAAGUGCUGGUGUGGGACAUGAGCCGGCCUGAGGACCCGCUGCUUUGGCGCACAGGUCUGACUGAUGACACCCACACAGACCCUGUGUAUCAGGUGCUAUGGCUGCCUGAACCCCGGCACAGCCACCGCUUCCAGGUCCUGAGUGUGGCCACAGAUGGAAGGGUGUUGCUGUGGAGGGGCAGCGGUGCUGGCCAGCUGCAGCUCUCCAAGGGCUUUGCCCUGGCUGUGCAGCAGCUGCCUCGGAGCACCAAGCUGAAGAAGCCACCCCGUGGAGAGACUGAGGUGGGGGUGACAUCAGUGGCUUUCUCCAGCUUCGACUCCAGCCUUUUCAUUCUGGGCACAGAAGGUGGCUUCCCCCUCAAGUGUUCCCUGGCAGCGGAGGCAGCUGCCCUCACUCGGAUGCCCAGCUCUGUGCCUCUUAAGGCCCCGGUGCAGUUCACCUUCUCUCCCCAUGGUGGCCCUGUGUAUUCUGUGAGCUGUUCCCCUUUCCACAGGAAUCUCUUCCUGAGUGCUGGAACCGAUGGCCAUGUCCACCUGUACUCCAUGCUGCAGGCUCAGCCCCUGACCUCACUGCAGCUCUCUCACAAGUACCUGUUUGCUGUGCGCUGGUCCCCUGUGCGCCCCCUGGUUUUUGCUGCUGCUUCUGGGGAAGGUGAUGUACAACUGUUUGACCUUCAGAAAAGCUCACAGAAACCCACAGUUUCCAUAACACAAACCCAGGAUGGAAGUCCUGUCUACUGUCUUGAGUUUAACAACCAGCAGACCCAGCUCUUAGCUGCUGGUGAUGCCAAGGGCACAGUGAAAGUGUGGCAGCUGAGCACAGCCUUCACAGAACAGGGGCCUCGGGAGGCCGAAGACUUGGACCAACUGGAAGUGGAAGUAGCUACCUGAGGGCCACAAGGAGCAGCAGGGUGGUGUCCCUUCCAGGGUGUGUGUUAAGCUGAAUAAAGAGUAACAAAGCCUUUA